UUGGCCAAUUAUAUUGCCAAAGUAAUGUUGUUCAAUUUUCAUAUCAAAGUGAACACAUCACAAUGUGGGGUAUAUAAACCCACAUGGAAAUCUGUGGAGUUGCUUCACACCAGGGAGUGGGUCAGUUGCGCGCCGACGCGGAGAGGACGACCAGCACAAGGAUCUCCGGUAACAGGAAUCCCAACACAAGGAUCUCCGGUAACAGGAACCCCAACACAAGGAUCUCCGGCACCAGGAACCCCAACACAAGGUUAUCCGGCACCAGGAACCCCAAUACAAGGAUCUCCGGCACCAGGAACACUAACACAAGGAUCUCCGGCACCAGGAACCCCAACACAAGGAUCUCCGGCACCAGGAACCCCAGCACAAGGAUCUCCGACACCAGGAACCCCAGCACAAGGAUCUCCGGCACCAGGAACCCCAACACAAGGAUCUCCGGCACCAGGAACCCCAACACAAGGAUCUCCGGCACCAGGAACCCCAGCACAAGGUUAUCCGGCACCAGGAACCCCAGCACAAGGAUCUCCGGCACCAGGAACCCCAGCACAAGGAUCUCCGGCACCAGGUACCCCAGCACAAGGAUCUCCGACACCAGGAACCCCAGCACAAGGAUCUCCGACACCAGGAACCCCAGCACAAGGAUCUCCGGCACCAGGAACCCCAGCACAAGGUUAUCCGGCACCAGGAACCCCAACACAAGGAUCUCCGGCACCAGGAACACCAACACAAGGAUCUCCGGCACCAGGAACCCCAACACAAGGAUCUCCGACACCAGGAACACUAACACAAGGAUCUUCGGCACCAAAACCGACGACAACGACGAUGGAGAAGACGGUGCUGGGAGAGGUGAGUUGA